UUGCUGGUGGUGGUGGUAAAUAUAAAAGUAGCAAGGCAAUGAGACAGGAAAUAACCUAUAGUUAUAGGUAAUACUUUGGAAAUAAUAAAAGUAUAGGUAAUAUUUAACCCAGCAAGAGAGUUAAUUUUACCCACAAGGUUGGAUCAAAUGAAAUAAAUGGUAAAACACUGCACUUUGGUCAAACCAACCCAGCGGGUGUUCUGUCCCAUUGUUACCUCGCAGUGGGAUUAAGGUUGGGUUAUUUUUUAAACCAGCAGUUUUUAGAGUGUAGUAGUAGUAGUAGUGAUAUCAAUAAAUGCAAAAAGAAUACACUUAUCAUAUCUUUCUUCCCGUUCCAGACCUAAAUGUAACUACGCCCCCCAUCAGUCAUUCACCCUCAGUUAAAGGUGCGGUGAAGUGGUGGAUCAUGUGUUGGCCUCUCUGCUGGAGGAUGCAACCCCACUGGAGCUAUCAGACAACUGCACUGUAAUGUAUACUCGCUCUGGGAGAACAGAGUCACACAAUUAUAACAAUAGUUGACCUCAUGGCAGAUUACCUGAGGGCAAACCUCUCAGUUAUUAAAUAAAGAUUAUGAGCUUGUGUGACAGGAGAGAGACUGGCAGAGAAAGGAAGAAACACUGCAACACUGCAGCUAAGAUAAACUGAAUGUAAUGGAAGGAUAUAUUUUUUAAAAUAUAUUUUUUUUAAAGCUCAAUGAUUUCUUUUUCUAAAGCUCAUAUAAAGCUUACCAGUUUGAGAGUGUUCAUGUGUAAAUGUUCAUGGCGGACAUGAGAAAGAAACAAUGAAUAUGAGUAUGAAGAAAUAAUGAAUUAAGAGAGAAGAACAAAACAAUGAAAUUAAUUAAUGGAUUGGAUGGAUAAAGGAAUGCAUGACUGAAUGAAAGAAAACAAAAUAGAAAAGAAUGGAGAAAAAGAAUGGGGAAAUUAAUUGAUGGAUGAAUGAAUGAAAGAAUGGAGAACAAAUAAAGAAUUGACAAAUUAAUUGCAUGAACUAAUGAAGAAAAAAUUAAAGAAAUGAAUAUAUGGGGAAAGGCCAUAAAUAAAUGACUAAAUGAAUUAAUUAACUGAGUUAAAGAAAUAAACAAAAGAAAAAAAAAAACUAUAAGAGAGAUAGAAAAGCUUAAAAGAGGACGAGACAGAUAUAAAAUCACUGACAGAAAGAGAGGAGGAAUGACUUUUGAGAGACAAAGAAAGAGAGAAAGAGAGCGUGUAUGUGUGAGAGAGAAAGAGAGUGUGUGUAUGUGUGAGUGUGUGUGUGAGAGAGUGUAUGUGUGUGAGAGAGAGAGAGAGUGUGUGUGUGAGAGAGAGAGAGAGUGAGUGAGUGUGUGUGAGAGAGAGAGAGAGAGAGAGAGAGAGUGAGUGUGUAUGUGUGUGUGUGUGUGAGAGAGAGAGAGAGAGAGAGAGAGAGAGAGUGUGUGUGUGUGUGUGAGAGAGAGAGAGAGAGAGAGUGUGUGUGAGAGGGAGAGAGAGUGUGUGUGUGUGUGAGAGAGAGAGAGAGAGUGUGUGUGUGAGAGAGAGAGAGAGAGAGAGAGAGUGUGUGUGUGUGUGUGUGUGUGAGUGUGCGUGUUCGAGUGUUCGACGCGGGCAUUCUAAUUUGCUAAGUCCCGCGGCACUGUAACUAAGCAACGCAAAGGUCGCUUAAACAGUGGAUUUCUUAUCGAGCCUUUUCUGCUCCUGACUCCAUGAGUCUAACUCACGGUUUAAUGUCCGUCUGCUCGAGCUCCUUCCCUUCCUGAACCCUCCCGCAUUUCUGUUUGGAGCUCUAGAGAUUUCUAGCACAAUUAAAGGAAACCAGAAUGCCCUUAAAGGGAAGCGGAGUGUCGGAGGAGAUGAAGGGCGGGUUGUGUGUGAGGAACGGCCCGGGAGUGCAGGAAUGGACAGACGGAUCCAGAUAUGAGGGAGAGUUCCUAAAUGGACUAAAACACGGCAACGGAAUUUUCACCUGGCCUAACGGAGAGUGUUAUGAAGGCUCCUUCUACAAGGAUUAUCGCCAUGGCAGAGGAACCUACUUUUGGCCGGAUGGCUCUCAGUUCAUGGGAAAAUUUUAUCUCAAUCGUAAAGAGGGAUAUGGCGUUCAUCUUUUCCCUGAUGGAAUCAUUUUUGAGGGUCUGUACCAUGCUAAUGAGCGUUUUGGACCGGGAGUAAUGUCAUAUCCUGAUGGCCGACAGGAUGUGGGUCUGUGGUACCGCCAGUGGCUACUGAGACUCUGCACAACUGUUAAGGGAGGCUUCACCUUAAUGGACUUCCCAGAACACAUGGCCCGAGUCCCACAGCAAAACCUUACACAGAUCCAGUCUCUGCCUUCCUUCACAAUGGGGUCUUGUAUGGAAAGUCAGCACUUCUUCACAGUUGACACACAUCUGCUGGGCGACUCCUCUCAUCUGGAGGAUGAGCAGUUCAUCCUACCCUCAGGCAUUGAGCGCUACUCCACUGACUCAGACCACCUGCCUAUACCCCGGCGCCUGCGUCAGGAACUCGACUUGCACUUCUUUAACAGAAGCAAUAUCAGCAUGCCUUUGUUCCCUAACGGACUACCUCUUCAGCAGAGAAUGGAGGCUCACAUCCACACACACAGAUUUGAGGUAGAAGAGUUGGACUGGGAUGUUUCUUCUGUCCUGGCUAUGAACCGGGAUCGCUUUGGAUCCAAGGGUCCCCUGGAGCUCAGGUCAGAGAAGCUUAUUAGAGAGGCAUUGCUUGGUGACCUCCAGAAUGUCCAGAGCAUCCUCAGAGAUGGAACAGUUCACCCGGACGUAGGGGAUGUGACCGGACACACUGCACUCAUCGCAGCUACGGUCAAUUGUCAUGUUGAUGUGAUCAACUUGCUGCUGGACCGUGGGGCCAAUGUGAAUAAGCUGAAUGAUGAAGGGAUGUCUGCUCUAGCUGUGUGCGGUGUUCUUUAUUACCCACUCCAGUCUCUACAAGAGACAGUGGCUGAAAAGACUUCUCAGGAUGUCACCACAGAACCAGAGAUCAGUUUGUCCUCAACCCUGGCAAACAGCCCACAUGGGGCUGCUGCUAAGGAAAGUACAAAAUAUGAGGUUGAUAAAGAACUGCCAGUCAUAGAUAGACAAACUAACCAGGUGAAGCCUGAAGAGUUCAGCACAGCUCAGGAGCCUGAAACUCUCGAACACGCUGAGGAAAUUAAAACCCCCAGUAAAGAAGAUGAGGUUCUUCAGCAGAUGCAAAAUGGACAGGGCAGAGUAGUAAAGGCUGAACUGUUGGAGGAACCAGAGCCCCUGAAUGGAAGAAUCCCAGUAGACAUAUCUGCUUGGCGCCAACGUGAUGAUGAGGUUGAAAAUGUCCUUUCUACUGAGAAAGAGAAAAAAGCCUACAGAAACAGGAGCCUAGGAAAAGACCCUGGCUUUGAAUUGGCUAGUUCUGUGGCUAGCUUCCACAUCAACACAACAGAGGACAUCAUGCAGCAGUCGGCUGAGGUUCUGUGUGAAACUGGUCAAGUGUCAUCCAUAGAAACCCAAGAGACAGUUCAGAGGAUGGCAUUCAUGAAAACUGAAAAUGAGACCCACUGGGCCACCAUGAAGCUACUGCUGGAGCGAGGAGCGGACCCAAACGUGUCCAGCAUUCCGAUGCCCGUCAUUUUCCUGGCCAUAAAAGCAGGCCACGUUGAAGCUGUGCAGAGGCUGCUGGAGUGUGGCGCUCGCACAGACCUACACUUAACAGCUGAGCAAAAGGGCCUGUACCCGCUCCAUAUAGCAGCUGGACUAACUGGCCCAGAGGGUCCCAAAAUCACAGAGCUGCUCCUGCAUGCUGUUGCAGACCCUGAUGUGAAAGCACAGGACGCCAGCGAAGUGUACGAUCUGGACAAGGUUAAACUUCACGACGCUACAAAGAAGACCUCAAAAGAGGAGCAGGCGAGUGGUGGAAACAAGUCCCUGGGAUCUGAACUCCCAACCAUUUAUCCAACCACCUUAGAGUCUCCUAAGGAAGGGGGAAGGACUCCACUUCACAUGGCUUGCCAAAGAGACACGGAUUAUGCAAAUGCCAGAGAAGUGGUCUCUAUUCUUCUCUCCCACAAAGCAAGCACCGACCAUCUGUGGAGUGGCCAUUCUCCCCUCUCCCUGGCCAUCGCCAGUGGCAACGACCUUGCUGUGGACGAGCUUCUGGCUGCUGGAGCUGAUCCUAACCUGCCCCUCUCCUGCCAAGUGGGCAGUGCACUGUGUGCUGCCGCCAAUAUCCACUACAACCCUGGGCCUCGUCUGCGCAAUAGAAUCAAACUGGUUGAGAAGCUGAUAAAGGCUGGUGCCAAUAUCCUGAUGCCUGUGGUGGUUGGCGAAAGGAGUAGGAGCACUAUAGGAACAGCAGUGGAUUAUGCUUGUUAUAUGUUUAACAAGGACUGGCGAGUCGCACACAUUCCUUACCACGCACUAAAACCGCAAGAGAGGGAGGCCUACAACGCCCGCCGUCAGCUCAUCACCAUGAUGGCAGAGUUGAUGAGACAGGCUGCCACCAGCAUGGAGAAACAGCGUUUGGAAAAUGAGAAGAGCCGAGGCAUACACAGUGUUAGUCCCACAGACAAGUUUGUCUUUACUGGAACAGGAGCCAUACCCCCUGCAGAUAGAACAAGCGUGCAUAUAACUACAGAGGAGCAAAGAGAAUCUGUAAACGAGUCUAUGGUUCAAAAGAGAUCACGGAUCAAACAUGAAGCUAAGACUGUGAGGAAACCCUUGAUUAAGUACUGUUACCAAUGCGGCCGUUCGGCAUGGGUGUCGUUGACGCCCUGUAGCCGCUGCCAAGAAGUGUUCUACUGCAGUAAGCCGUGUAAGCUGAAGGCCUGGAAUGAACGUCAUAAGGAGGAGUGUCUCCGAGUGCCAGGAAGUGGACGUCCUGAGUGUAGUCCCGUGUCUGAUGACCAGCGGUGCCUUCUUUCAAGCAAAAGCUUGAGGAAGGGAAACAAUCUGAAUUUCAAUUUGGAUAAACCAAACUCAAGCAAAGCAGCAUCACACACAUUCACGCAUCAGCCUGACGAAAAUUACAGUUUUAUUUGAUUGUGUAGGUGAAAGAAGACGCAACACAACUUUAGGGGGGAGAUUUUCAAUGUUGCCAUUAACUUUUGUAUUUUAACAGUCACCCAAGUCCGGAUCCUGCUUAUCUAGCACCCUGCUUCCAACAGACCUCGCUCUAACAUUCAAUUCCUCCUAAAAGUAUUGAUUAACAGGGAUCAGGGUUUUAAAUUAUAUUGGAGUUAUACUUCAGUGAUACUUGAUUUUGUAAUACUCAUCCAUUGUAUUCACAGACUCAUCAGUAACUGACCAAAAAAUAUUGAUCACUUUCCCCAUAAGCUAUUGACAUUAAAACAUAGUAGUACAAUUCAUCACAAAUGUCCUCUGCUUAGAAUUAAUCUAGGUGUUAAGAAUUACACUAGGUGUUUAAGAAUAAAAAGCAAGUUGAAUUGUUAUAUUUCAACAUCAAAGUAUCUAAUAGUGGAUCAUAACUUUUUCUGUUAAUGUAGAAAAGAUGGUGAUAUUUUACCAAGAAGAGUGUUGUACUGUCUCAUUCAUUUCCAUACAGUUCUACUCAUAAAGUGAGAUUCAUUCUUGACCUAAUUAUUUCAGUUCAGUUAAACUGUGCACAUCUAUUUCACGAAAUAUUUCAGCCUCUUCAAUUAUCCACAGGCAUCAGUGAUUCCAUUGUGCUGCACAUAUCCAGAACUAUCACACAUUACUGUGCUACUAAAAAAAUUCUGAUGAAAUGAAACAAACACCAGCUUUACACCAACGUUGACAGAUAUUUAUUGUUUUUAAUUCACGUCACCCAGCAACAGGAGCUUAAAGUAGAAUGACAAUACAGGAAGAGCCCAUGACCGUCUGGUCCAAUGAAGCAGGACAAUGAAUUUAGUUCAUUUUAUCUUGCCUAAUCAUUUCAUAUUCUGGGACAGAUAUUUGAUCUUUCCUUAAAUGCAUGUCCAUGCAUCCAAACAUGUAGAUCUUCUUUUUGUUUUGCUUAGUUUUUUUUUUUAGUUUUUUUUUUUUAAUCGUGAAGUGCUGAAAAAAGGAAGUUGUUUAUAAAUUAGCAUUGUAAAAUGAAAUGAAGCACAGACUCACUGCUUGCACAGCUUGCUUAAGAGGUUUUUGAGUCAUGUGCCCCAUUGCAAAAAAACCCAUCUCCGCCAAGAAGUUGUUACUUUUUUUUUUUUUUUUUUUAAACAUUCAAAGG